AUGCAACCUUCUCGCAAGGGGAAGAAGGUGACGGCGAGGAUAACUCCAGGGCGAGGACCGCCACCGUACCGAAUCACUCGCAGAAGCCUCGGCGCCCGUCGCAAACCGGAAGAAGACGCCGGCGAACAUAUUUGUGCUCCACCUGGAAGACGCGAUGAGACGAACGACGAGGCCGACGCCGGACAGACAACAGUCCACAACAAGCACCUGCGCGACGUCGAGCAUGCGAAUCGAAUCCUCGAAAGGACGAAGUCCAACUACGCAUCUCACAUCGCAGACCUUAAAACUGACCUCGUGGCGACGAAGGCUCUGAACCGAGAACUUAUCAAACAAGUCCGCGAGCUUCAAAUGUCGCUUCGAAGGAUAGAGGAAGUAGUGAAAGACGCCUUCGACAAGAAUGACGUGCAGGAGAGUACAUACUAA